CCAGAAUCAAGAAAAUAAUAAGACACUUUCAAAAUGGAAAGUUUCAGUACCCAAGGGAUCUCCCUUUCCUCAAUGAAAUAGGGUUUCCUGAUGUCCUUUAAGGAUCAAGAACGGGGCUGGGCACAUGGUGUGCACUAAGGAAGGAAUAGAUUGAAUUGAGCCCCUGCAGAACGUGGACUCUUUGGAGGCACUGAAUUUGGCCUCUGGGUGAAUACUUACCUUGGAUUGGCCCACUUAGCAGUGAACAGCAAUGGGCCAAAAGGGACAUACCAAGUUUCAACAAAGCAAAUCAAACAUUCCAGGAACAAGCUCAGUUAAACCUGAGAGAGGAAUAGUGAUUGACAAUGAUGAGAUUUGUGAUACAGUCGGGCAAUCAAAAUUUGUUCUGAAGAACCUUCAGCAUUAUACCGUCCAUCCAAAUUUGGCCCAGUACUAUGAGCCUUUGAAGCCCACAGCCCUGCAGAAAUUCCUGGCUCGAAACAGGAAAAUCAGAAGCUUCAUGUUAAAAGUAGCAGAGUAUGAUCAGGAUAAGACCUUACUGAUUAUGACCAACAACCCACUUCCCUGCCCAACUGACCAGCAAGGAAAGGACAUGGCCCCAAAAUACUUAACCAAGGAGUUGCUGCUCAAGGAAAGUUAUCGACACCAACCUCCUGAGAACUUCUGCCUACCCCUGAUGUCUCAGAAAAAAAAGUUAAGGUCUGGGCUGAAACCAACCUUUCCUAUGACCCUGUUGGAGGAUCCUACAUCCAAGCGAGAACAGUGGUUUAGGUUUUCCACCAACAAUGAUUUCAAGAGUGAAGGGAAGUAUUUAAAGGUCUAUGCUUUGAGGAAACAGAAAAAAAUGUACCCCCAGCUCAACUUUGCUUCAGUCUGUAAAAGAGAUAUGAGGAAAGAUGUCGCCAAGUCAGGGAGUGACCUGCCGACUUCCAAGCUGAUUUGGGAACCACUAACACUUUCGUCGCUCCUGGAAGAGAAACUCACUAGAACUCUGCCAGGGGAGAGCACCUUCCGCAAUGGAAGGGCCCAGCAGUGGGUUAUUAAAAACGCCACUGUCCUCAAGUGAAAACAAACCCUCCAGGCUUCCCCGCCUCGGUCUCCAGAGACUAAGGGGCCUGCAGAAGUCACCAUCCAGGGCGUGCCAACCAA